AUGCCCCGGCCAGCGGGCACCAGCGAGCAGAAGCUCAGCCUGACGCAGCUGCAAGCGGUGGUCAGUCAAGUCGUGGUGCCCGCAGAAGUGCAGCGGAAAGAGUUGCCGGAGAUUUUCUACAGGUUCAGCGAAGGCAAAGCUUCGUGCGGAAAGAAGCGCCUCAAGGAGUUUGUCUGGAUUCUCAAGCCGAUCUUCGGGGUCUCACCAGUACGACCUGUGCAUUGCGAGUCACUGGAGGCAAUCUUGCACGAGCUGUUUCGUGGCAGACCUGAAGAUAUCAUGUGCCUCGGGUACGACCUUCGCGAGCUCUUGAAGUUCACGAGGAAGACCUGGCGGCAAUGGAGGCAUGAGGCCAAGGGUUGCGGUGGCGAGUGGCCUGCACAUGUGCACAGCUACGGUGAAGCAGUGGUCGAACUCAUGGAGCUGAUCACUUGCAGCGAGCAGCGGGGUGAUCUGGCCAGUGUGUGGGGCCUGCCGGGUGAGGUAGGGACGCACGAGGCGGACGCGGCGGACAAGGCUAAGUUGGGCGACGUGCCAGCAUGGCGAGCCAAGCGUGUUUCUGAGCUGCAGGGCAAAGUGGUCCGCAUCCUUGACGACAGCGACGAGGAGCCGCCGCAGAAGCGGCUUCGGGAGGCGCCACGCACUCCGCCACGGCGCGUGGCGACGUCUCAGCCCACGCCAGAGUUUGUGCGGCUCCAGCGUGGCACAACCAUGGAGUUGUCGCCUUCGUUCUACGAGGAGUUGCACGCUGUGCGCGCAGAAGCGGAGGUGUGUUCAUUUCACAUUGCACGUUGUUCGCAACGUGCUUGUGAUUCAUUUCACACUUGA